CCUUAGCCCUGGCCGCCACCUCCGGGGUCUGGAGCCACAGCCGCGCCGCGCCGCCGCGAUGAGGGCCGUGCUGCCGCUGCUCUGCGCCUGGGCUUGGCUCCUGGGCGCCCCUGCCCGCGCUGCCGCCGCGCUGUCGGUGAACUCCUUAGAGAAGUUUCAUUUUAAGUCAUGGAUGGUACAGCACCAAAAGAAAUACAGCUCAGAGGAGUACCACCACAGGCUGCAGACAUUUGUCAGCAACUGGAGGAAGAUCGAUGCCCACAACAAUAGGAACCACACAUUUAAAAUGGCACUGAACCAAUUUUCAGACAUGAGCUUUGCUGAGAUAAAACAAAAAUAUCUUUGGUCAGAGCCGCAGAAUUGCUCAGCCACCAAAAGUAAUUACCUUCGGGGUACUGGCCCCUACCCAACAUCUAUGGACUGGCGGAAAAAAGGAAAUUUUGUCUCACCGGUGAAAAAUCAGGGUGCCUGUGGCAGUUGCUGGACUUUCUCCACCACAGGGGCCCUGGAGUCUGCGGUGGCCAUCGCCAGUGGGAAGAUGCUGUCUUUGGCAGAGCAGCAGCUGGUGGACUGUGCCCAGAAUUUCAACAACCAUGGCUGCCAAGGGGGCCUCCCCAGCCAGGCCUUCGAGUACAUCCUGUACAACAAGGGCAUCAUGGGAGAAGACACCUACCCCUACUUGGGCAAGGACAGUAAGUGCAAGUUCCAUCCAGAAAAGGCCAUUGCAUUUGUCAAGGAUGUAGCCAACAUUACACUUAAUGAUGAGGAGGCAAUGGUGGAGGCCGUGGCCCUAUACAACCCUGUGAGCUUUGCUUUUGAGGUGACUGAAGAUUUCAUGAUGUAUAAAAGUGGCGUCUACUCCAGUACUUCCUGUCAUAAAACUCCAGAUAAGGUAAACCACGCAGUACUGGCUGUCGGGUAUGGAGAAGAGAAUGGGAUACCCUACUGGAUCGUGAAGAAUUCUUGGGGCUCCCAUUGGGGAAAGGAUGGGUACUUCCUCAUUGAGCGUGGGAAGAACAUGUGUGGUCUGGCUGCCUGUGCCUCCUACCCGAUCCCUCAGGUGUGAGCCAGCAAAAGCUGUGGAGACAGUUGGCGGAGAAGGAGAGGAACUGGUGUCUCGCUGUUUGGUGGAAAUCCUGCCUGGAGGAAGCUCUGGGGGGAUCCACCCAGAGGCCCCCAUUUUUCACCCUCACUCCUGUUCUGAGCCUGGAAACCUAAAGACAAGGAGGAAGAAUUCCGUUGCCCAAGAAGCCCACUCACAUCUUUUGAUGUGGUGACCAUCACCAGCCAUGUGCCUUAGGUGUGGUUUUUAACUGACUCAAACCCAUGUGGAUGGAGAAUAUUCUUUCUUUCAAGAGGGGCUACUUCCACAUGUAGAGAGCGCUUCAGUCUACUAUCUUUUCUGUAUUCUUUUUUUCAAUAAACAUCGAGUGAGCACCUCCCUGAGCCAAGGCCUGUGCUGGAUACAGGACCAGACACUUCUCAAACUGGGUCCUCAGGGCUCAGUCUCCCAGGAUGGAGGUAUCAGCAGGGUGCCCUGGUCUCUGGCUGGAAACACAGUAUGGAUGUCGGUGAUACUGUCCAUCAGAGCACGAAGAGCAGAUUUAGGAAUUCUGACUGUCCUACACCUCAGGAGGGAGGGAGGAGGAAAUGGGCCAGGGUCUGGCAAAGCCAGGACAGCCUGAAAGCCUGUACAUCUCUGUGUGGCCUCCCUUCUCUCAGCUUCAUACCCCUCCUCAAGACCCUGGGCCCCAUUUCAUCUUUACUAAUCCUUUUUCUUUGGGGGUACCAGAGAUUGAACCCAGGGGUUCUUAACCAUUGAGUCAC